AUGUACCAGCUGAUGAGCUCUGCUGGCCGCAUCCUGGCCGCAACGCUCCUCCUCCUGCUCCUUGCCGCCGCCCAUGUAGCCGGCACACCUGCUGCAGCUGCUGCGGCGGGAGCACCCUGCCACAACGACCUUGUAGCGCUGCGGAGCACCUGCUACCAGUACGUCCAGGAUGACGGUGGGCCCAUGGUGCAGCCGUCGCCGCAUUGCUGUGGCACCGUGAGGGGCAUCGCCAACGCGACCUGUGUCUGCGACUACUUCAGCUCCCUCGACUACAUCAACCUGGACAGGGUGUUCUACGUCGCCGGGCAGUGCGCCGUCGCCAUCCCCUGGAGCUGCGGGGGUGAGUUUUAG